AUGUGGAAGAACAGACAGGCUCAGCUGGGCCUUUUUUCAGUUAUUCUGGCCUUCCUGCCUUCUGCAUCCUUGCUUGAUGGAGACCUGAAGUACAUGGUGCUGGUCCCUUCCCAGCUCUACACCGAGACCCCUGAGAAGAUAUGCCUCCAUCUCUACCAUCUGAAUGAGACAGUGACUGUCACAGCUUCCUUGAUGUCUCAUCAGGAAAGGAGAAACCUGUUUGAUGAGCUUGUGGUUGACAAGGACAUGUUCCAAUGUGUUUCCUUCCUUAUCCCUAGAUUCUCCCCUUCUGAUACGGUCGAGUCUCUCUACAUCGACAUCAAAGGGCUAACACAUACAUUCAGCAAAAGGAAUUCGGUGCUUGUGAAGAACAAAGAAAGUGUUGUCUUUGUGCAGACAGACAAGCCUGUGUACAAGCCAGGACAGACAGUUAAAUUUCGGGUUGUCUCUGUGGAUAAAAAGCUACACCCCCUGAAUGAGUUGGUGAGUCUUUUACCUAUUGAAAGUUUACAACCUCUUUCACAGGAUCCGAAAAUGAACCGAGUUAUGCAGUGGCGGGAUAUUAAGACAGUGAAUGGGCUUCAGCAGAUGUCCUUCAGCCUGGCAGCAGAGCCCAUUCAGGGCCCCUACAAGAUAGUGGUGCUCAAACAGUCAGGGGCGAAGGAAGAGCACUCCUUCACUGUGAUGGAAUACGUGCUUCCCAGAUUUAAUGUCGAUGUGAAGGUCCCAAAUGCCAUCUCUGUGCAGGAUGAAAUUCUCAGUGUGACUGCAUGUGGGAAAUAUACCUAUGGAAAACCUGUACCGGGACAUGUAAAGAUAAGCAUAUGCCUGGAGAAUCAGUUCUUUAGCUCUAAGACAGAGACUGGAUGCAAAGAAGUCAACUGCACGCUAGACGACAAUGGCUGCAGCACACAAGAUGUCAACAUCACUGAGUUCCAAUCAAAGGAAAGACAUCACAGAAACCUGCCUUUUCGUGUAAAUGCAACUGUUACAGAAGAAGGGACAGGAUUGGAGUUGAGUGGAUCUGCAACAACUAAAAUAGAAAGAACCACAAGCAAGCUCAUAUUUCUGAAAGCAGAUUCACACUUCAGACACGGGAUUUCAUACUUUGUGAAAGUCCGCCUAGUGGAUAUCAAGGGAGCUCCUGUCCCAAAUGAGCAGGUCUUCAUCAAAGCAGAAGGAAUUAGAUACACCAAUGCUACUACCACUGAUCAGCAUGGCCUGGCAAAAUUCUCCAUAGAUACCACCGGCAUCUCAGGCUAUUCCCUCAAUAUCAAAGUAAAUCUUUCACAUGAAAAUUCCUGUUCCCAUUCCCUUUGCAUGGCAGAAAGACACGCAGAGGCAGAGCAUGUGGCCUACGCCGUAUACUCCCUCAGCAAGAGCUACGUCUACCUUGAGACAGAGACCGACAGAGUUUUGCCCUGCAGCCAGAUUCACACAGUUCAAGCACAUUUUAUUCUGAAAGGGAAGGUCUUGGGAGAGCUGAGAGAGCUCGUUUUCUACUACCUGGUCAUGGCCCAGGGUAGCAUCAUGGAGACUGGAAACCACACUCACCACGUGGAGCAGGAAGAAUCUCCAGUAAAAGGCAACUUUGCCUUGGAGAUCCCUGUGGAGUUCAGCAUGGUACCUGUGGUUAAAGUGCUCAUGUACACCAUCUUGCCUGACGGAGAAGUGAUUGCAGAUUCUGUAAACUUUGAAGUUGAAAAGUGUCUUCGCAACAAAGUGGACCUGAGCUUCAGCUCAUCCCAAAGUCUUCCCGCCUCACAAACCCGUCUGCUGGUCACAGCUUCUCCUCAGUCCCUCUGUGGCCUGAGAGCUGUGGACCAAAGUGUGCUGCUCCUGAAGCCCGAGGCUGAGCUCUCCCCUUCCUGGAUAUACAAUCUGCCAGGUAUGAAGCACAACAACUUCAUUCCAAGGUCUGAAGACCAAGAAGAUUGUGUAAUGUACAGACCAUGGGCCACUGGUGAGCUCACAUACUCAGUACCAUAUGGACAAGAGAAGGAUGUCUACAGAUAUGUGGAGGAGAUGGGUUUAACGGCAUUCACCAACUUGAAGAUCAAGUAUCCUAUACCUUGUUUGUACUUUGACAUGAUUCCAAUGGAAGGGCCAGAUUUGGAAUAUGAUUAUCCUGGAAGUGUACGCUUAAUAGCAAAUGAAAGACCACCAGUUAAAGAGCCACGACAUGAAGAUCCACCACCUAAAGAUCUACUUACUGAGACCAUUCGAAAAUAUUUUCCUGAAACCUGGGUCUGGGAUAUAGUCACAGUAAACUCCUCAGGCAUGGUCGAAGUAGAGACGACAGUCCCUGACACCAUCACUGAAUGGAAGGCCGGAGCCCUUUGCCUGUCCAAUGACACAGGCCUUGGCCUCUCUUCUGUGGUACCUCUCCAAGCCUUCCAGCCCUUCUUUGUGGAGGUCACGAUGCCCUACUCCGUGAUCCGUGCAGAAGCCUUCACCCUCAAAGCCACUGUGCUGAACUACCUCCCUACAAGCAUGCGGAUGGCUGUGCAGCUGGAAAUCACUCCUGAUUUCACAGCUGUCCCAGUGGGAAAAAACCAAGAUUCUUACUGCCUUGGUGCCAAUGGGAGGCACACCUCAUCCUGGUUGGUAACUCCCAAAUCUUUAGGGAAUGUGAAUUUCUCUGUGUCUGCGGAAGCACAACAGUCCCCAGAGCCCUGUGGUUCUGAGGUUGCCACAGUUCCUGAGACUGGGAGAAAGGACACAGUAGUCAAAGUCCUGAUAGUUGAGCCUGAAGGAAUCAAGAAAGAGCAUACCUUCACCUCACUGCUCUGUGCAUCAGAUGCAGAGGUAUCAGAAAAAUUGUCCCUGGUGCUCCCACCAACAGUAGUGAAAGAUUCAUCCCGAGCCCACUUCUCUGUGAUGGGUGAUAUCUUGAGUUCAGCCAUAAAAAACACACAAAAUCUUCUCCAUAUGCCCUAUGGCUGUGGGGAGCAGAACAUGGUCCUUUUCGCUCCCAACAUCUACGUACUGAAAUAUCUGAAUGAAACCCAACAGCUGACUCAGAAGAUCAAGUCCAAGGCCCUUGACUUCCUCAGAGCUGGUCAGUAAGGCUAUCAGAGGGAGCUGAACUACAAGCACAAGGAUGGCUCCUACAGCACCUUCGGGGAUCAUUAUGGCCAGAAUCAAGGAAACACUUGGCUCACAGCCUUUGUGCUCAAGUCUUUUGCCCAAGCUCGAGCCUUCAUCUUCAUCGAUGAAUCGCACAUCACCCACGCUUUCACAUGGCUCUCCCAGCAGCAGAUGGGCAAUGGCUGCUUCCGGAGUUCUGGAUCACUGUUCAACAAUGCCAUGAAGCAUCUUGUUGUCGCCAAGGCCCUGAGCUGCCUAGAGUCAUCCUGGAAGACCAUAGAGCAAGGAGGAAAUGGCAGCUUUGUGUACACCAAGGCACUGAUGGCCUAUGCUUUCGCUCUGGCGGGGAACCAGGAGAAGAGAAGUGAAAUCCUGAAGUCACUUGAUAAGGAAGCUAUAAAAGAAGAUGACUCUAUCCAUUGGGAAAGACCUGAGAAAUCCAAGAAGUUGGAACCUUAUUUGUACAAGCCCCAAGCUUCCUCUGCUGAAGUAGAGAUGAGCGCCUAUGUGGUCCUGGCUAGGCUCACAGCCCAGCCAGGCCCCACCCCUGAGGACCUGGCUUUGUCAAUGAGCACCAUCAAGUGGCUCACAAAGCAGCAGAACUCCCAUGGCGGCUUCUCCUCCACACAGGACACUGUGGUGGCCCUCGAUGCGCUGUCCAAAUAUGGAGCAGUUACUUUUUCCAGAAGCCAGAAAUCGUCUUUGGUGACCAUCCAGUCUUCAGGGCUAUUUUCCCACAAGUUCCAAGUAGAGAACAGUAAUCGCCUGUUGCUGCAACAGGUUCCAUUACCAUUUAUUCCUGGGAACUACACCAUCACUGUGUCAGGGGGAGGAUGUGUGUAUGCUCAGACUACACUGAGAUACAACAUACACUUGGAGAAGCAACAGUCUGCAUUUGCUCUACAGGUACAGACAGUACCUCUAACUUGUAAUAACCCCAAAGGCCACAACAGCUUCCAGAUCUCACUAGAAAUCAGUUACACAGGGAGCCGUCCAGCCUCCAACAUGGUGAUUGUCGAUGUGAAGAUGGUAUCUGGUUUCAUCCCAUUGAAACCAACAGUGAAAAAGCUUGAAAGAUUAGAGCAUGUGAGCAGAACAGAAGUGAGCAACAGCAACGUCCUGUUAUAUCUGGAUCAGGUGACCAAUCAGAAACUAACCUUCUCUUUCAUCAUUCAACAAGACAUCCCAGUAAAGAACCUGCAGCCUGCCAUCGUGAAAGUCUAUGACUACUAUGAGACAGAUGAAGUGGCAUUCGCUGAAUACAGCAGCCCCUGCAGCUCAGGUGAGCACCUAGCACUCCUCACACAAGCCUUCCUCUGA